UAUGAAAUAAUCAGUAUAUCCCGUUUCCGCAAACGUUACGCCCGUGUAUUUACCGUAGCGAUUAUAUGCAAAAAUUAUCGCAUUUUUCAUAAAGAAUUAACAAUCUAUCGAUUGUUACAAUGAGAAACUGUGUUUAGAGACGUGAUUCAAGUUCUAAAUGUGUUUUGUGUGAUAAAUAAUAACAAAUUCAUUAUUAUGGAGAUUGUAAGAAUGUAUUGGUGACAUGAAAUUUGUGAUUCUAUGCAAUAAACGAGGAGUUUUUUGAUGGUGGAGGCUAAAUCCUUGGAUGCUGUGAUGAGGAGACAUCAUGUGGAGGUGUCUGGGUUCGAUUCUGGUGAUGGUCAAUGUGGUUGCCGGUCUAUCGCCUGUUAUUAAGAUUGGAGCAAUUUUCGCGGAAGAUGCCCGUGGUGGGAGCACAGAGCUAGCAUUCAAGUACGCGAUUUACCGAGUUAAUAAAGAGAGGAGUAUAUUACCAGAAACUACUUUGGUGUACGACAUACAAUAUAUCACCCCGAGGGACACGUUCAGGGCAUAUAAAAAAGCCUGUAUUCAGAUAAAAUCGGGUGCUGUAGCUAUAUUUAGCAACGCGGGACCUUUGCUCGGCUCGACUCUGUCAGCAAUGAGCAACUCACUUCACACGCCACACUUCACAAUAGAUCCUAGUUAUUAUACACCGUCUAACAGCACAACAUCGUUUACGCUGAACCUAUACCCCUCCAGGGAACUCCUAGAUGUAGCAUUUACAGAUCUCUCAGCAUAUUUAAAUUGGACAAGGAUGGGAAUAAUUUAUGAAGAUUAUGGAUUUGGUGAACUGAAUGUGCUGCGAAUGGCGAGCGAUGGUAGGGACAUGUACGCGGUGCGGUGUACGUCACACGAGUACAGGCGUGCGCUUGCGCAGCUCAAGGCGCAGGGUAUCUCCCGGAUCGUUGUCGAUACAGAUCCGAAGCAUUUGCGGCAGUUGGCUAGAGCUAUUCUUCAAUUACAAAUGAACAACGAAAAUUAUCACUACAUUUUUACAUCUUUUGAUAUGGAACUGUUUGAUCUGGAAGAUUUUUACUACAAUCGCGUGAACAUGAGUGGGUGGCGUCUCGUGAACCGAGACUCUGAUAAAGUGAAGGACGCGUUGCAAGUGAUGGAGAAGUUCCAUCCGAUUGGGGCGUCUAUACUCUCUGGUGGAUAUAUUAAGACUGAUCCAGCGCUUAUAUAUGACGCAGUCCAAGUGCUGGCAUUGGCGCUGGCGUCGACCAAGGAAGAACAGAAGAUGAACGUAUCCUGUGAUACGGAGGUGCCUCUAGCGCAUGGCACGACGCUUUUACAGAAUAUACAUAAGGUCCAAGCACACGGCCUCACAGGCCCCAUAGAAUUCACAAAUGGCGUCCGUACCACCUUCAACCUUCAGCUAAUGAGGCUGGUGGGGGGAGAAGAUGGAAGAACGGUCAUGUCAGGCACCUGGAGUCCCGACGAAGGGCUGGAAGUCACAGAUCCAGCGGCGUACAGACGGGAUCCACCACCGAAUGUUACGCUCACAGUGGUCACAGUUGAGGAGAAACCAUACGUGAUGGUGAAAGAAGGCUGGAACCUUCAAGGCAACGCCAGGUUUGAGGGGUUUUGUAUCGACCUACUCGCCCGGGUAGCAGCAAGAGCCGGCUUCGAUUACCGGUUAAGACUGGUCCCGGAUAACAUGUAUGGGGCGUGGGACCCGGAGACGGGGCAGUGGAAUGGCAUCGUUAGAGAACUAAUUGAUAGGAAAGCAGACAUAGCCGUGGCUUCCAUGACGAUCUCCUACGCCAGGGAAGUUGUCAUUGACUUCACGAAACCUUUCAUGAACUUGGGAAUAGGAAUUUUAUUCAAGGUACCAUCAUCGCAGCCAACCCGGCUCUUUAGCUUUUUAAAUCCACUUGCUAUUGAGAUAUGGUUGUAUGUCUUGGCGGCCUAUAUAUUAGUAUCCUUCACACUGUUUGUGAUGGCCCGUUUUUCGCCUUACGAAUGGUCGAGUAGCACACACGUAUGCGGUCACGAAACCAAAAUGCUGACGAACCAGUUCAGCGUCUGCAACUCCAUUUGGUUCAUCACGGGGACAUUUCUGAGGCAAGGUUCGGGAUUGAAUCCAAAAGCAACUUCGACCCGUAUAGUUGGUGGUAUCUGGUGGUUCUUCACGCUGAUAAUCUUAUCUUCAUACACUGCCAAUUUAGCUGCCUUCCUCACGGUGGAACGAACUGUAUUGCCCAUACAAAGCGCGGCAGAUUUGGCUGCACAGAACAGCGUGCAGUACGGUACUUUGAAUGGCGGGUCAACUAUGACCUUCUUUCGGGACUCGAAUAUAGAUAUCUACCAACGAAUGUGGCAGCACAUGUCCUCAGCCACUCCUCCCGCGUUGGUGUCGUCUUAUGAAGAGGGGGUCAGGCGGGUUUUAGGGGGCAACUAUGCUUUUCUAAUGGAGUCCACCAUGUUGGACCACAGGGUCCAGAGAGACUGUAAUUUGACCCAAAUUGGUGGGCUUUUGGACUCGAAGGGUUACGGAAUAGCUACGUGGAAAGGCAGCCCUUGGAGAGAUAAGAUCUCUUUAGCGAUUCUGGAACUUCAAGAGAAAGGAGUGAUACAAAUAUUAUAUGAUAAGUGGUGGAAGAAUACUGGUGACGUCUGCAAUAGAGACGGAAAAGACAGCAAGGCCAGUCCUCUUGGAGUGCAGAAUAUUGGUGGAGUCUUCGUGACCCUACUAUGUGGGCUAGUGCUAGCCAUAGUUGUGGCGAUAUUAGAGUUUUGUUGGAACACAAGAAAGACAGCGUCUCAGGGACGGCAAUCAUUGUGCAGCGAGAUGGGGCAGGAGUUGCGUACAGCGAUGCGAGGUGGCUCCUCGCGGACCGUACUGAAGCCUGGUUGUUCCAGAUGUUCACCAGCGACUCAUGUUCCACCUGCACCUUCUAGAUAUGAGGCAGACGCGUCAAGCACUGUAGAGCUAAAGGAACUGCGCUGGUCGUAGCGCGGGGCGCGGAGGGGGGCGUCCGCGCCCUCCUCCCCCCGCCGCCCCUCGCACUCCCUGCCGCGCUGCGUGCGACCGCCCGCUUACUGCAAUUCAACAUCUACCCUGAGACGAACUUCGUCCUACGUACUAAAGGAACCGCGGGAGAAAAAACAUGUUCAAAUACUUGCCUAGAAUACCAAAGUGUAACUUUACAAAGUCUAAUUUUUUCUAUAUAUAUAUAUAAAAAGGUUUGAAGGGACUUCCAUAUAUUCAUCGACAAUACAAUAACGAAAGUAUAUCCAUCUCUUUCUGAUAAAUUGAGUUUACACUGCUAUAAAAAGAGACAGGUAAGUCAACUUAAUAAAUAAAAUAUUACAACAAGAAUGGCGCCAAAUGCGCAAAGCGGGCACAGAUAACAAAUUGUAAACCACAGACUAUUUUUUUUUUAAUUUCAAUAGUCUGUGCAUGCAGUUGUCAGCUGUCGACGUACAGUGUCACAUACUUUUCUUGGCCGGUAAGAGCGUCGCUGUCAUGAAUAUUAGUAUUGUCAGUGA